AUGAUUGCUCAUGCGUUGGAUCUGGCAUUUCGAACGGAACAGUUCAGCGCGCUGGAUCUAAUAGCCAAGGAGCUGGAUAAAAAUUCGGAUCCACGAGUGCUUGAGCGUGCUGCUGAAUUUUUUAAGAAUAACCAGCAGUACGAGAAAGCCGUACAGCUGAUGGCAUACUCUAGAAACUAUGCCGAAGCAGUGGAGUUGUGCAAACAGAAUAAUGUGCCGAUGAGCGAAACGCUCGCCGAAAUUUUAACGCCAUCGAAAGAGGAUGUUCCAAACCAAGCAGAACGGAUAAGACUUCUCGAAGGAAUUGCCGAGUGCUGCGUGCAACAACGAAAUUAUCACUUCGCAGCGAAAAAAUUCACGCAGGCGGGAAACAAAUUAGAGGCAAUGCGGUCGCUCCUGAAAUCAGGUGAUACCGAGAAGAUAGUAUUCUUUGCGACAACAGCAAGAAACAAGGAGAUUUGUAUUCUGGCUGCGAAUUACCUGCAAACAUUGAAUUGGAAGGAAGAUGGGGAUUUGAUGAAACAAAUUGAAAAAUUUUACAGCAAAGCGAAUGCUCCCGAACACUUGGCCAGCUUCUACGAAGCUUGUGCGCAGGUUGAAAUCGAUGAUUACCGUGACUACGGAAAAGCCGGCGAUGCCCUGAAUGAAGCACUGCGUUGCAUCAAAAAAGCACAAGAAAACAAUCCGAAAAAUGGAGCAUAUUUGUCAGAAAAGGAGGCUGAACUGAACCGAUCCAUUGCAUAUGUCAAAAAAUUUGCCAAAAUAAGAACGGUAUAUGAAACUGAUCCAGCGGAAGCCAUAAGCCAACUGGAAGCACUGGCAGAUGAUAAGCGUGCUUACGAGUGUAUCCGACUUAGUGAUAUUUAUGCCGUAAUGAUUGUGCAUAAUGCUCGGAAAUUGAAUUACAAAAAAGUAGCGGAAGCCAUAAGCCAACUGGAAGCACUGGCAGAUGAUAAGCAUGCUUACGAGUGUAUCCGACUUGGUGAUAUUUAUGCCGUAAUGAUUGUGCACAACGCUCGGAAAUUGAAUUACAAAAAAGCUUACUCACUGAUCCAGCAGCUGAUGCAGCGUGAGCCACAUAUCCAGUUAUCACGUUUUAUAAGUAAGCAGAUGUUAGAUAGCGUAUGUGAUGAGCUGAAAAUGCCACAUCUUCUGGAUGAAGCAGGUGAUGAAGCUGGAUCAGGCGAUGAGCGUGAUGAGGGCGUGGAGUAUAGCUAUGCGAUGAAACGGCUCAUAAAGAGGAAUAGUGAAGCACUCAAAGAGAGCUAG